ACGCCGGCUGGCGGAUUGCAAGUCGCUGCUCGGCUCAUUUGGGAAGAUGCUUGGCUCGGUGGGAGCCCGGAAAUAUUCUUUGAUUGUCCAGCGCUGCAGGUCGCAGGCGAGCGAUCUACCAUUGAACCCACUGCACGCUUACAUGCCGGAGGAGGAGGGGAAUUAAUGGCAAUCAGUUCGGCCGCACGGGUUCUCCGCACACCUGAGCCCGUGUGCACGCUGCUCCCUGUGUGAGGUGGGUCUGCAUCCGCUCCGGCUGCUUGCCCGGUCCUCUGCUCUAAUAGGCAGGAGCUGGAGAGGAGCCAUGUACCUUCUGGAUAGCGAGCCGUACCCCGAGAUGAUGAAGAGGGGCACUCCUCAGAGGAAGACGGUCUAUCGCAUCUCACUUACUCUCGUCAAGCGGGAGGCCACCCCGGCCGAGAGCGGGAGUAGAGCUCCUCCUUCCCCCCGACACCAGGGGGCUUCGGAAGCCGGUGGGACUCAGAGGCCCGGGAGCCUGUGCCCGGCCGAGGGCAGCGAAGCAGAGGAUGAAUUUGAGGCGCAGGGAAGCCUCCGGAGCUUUCGGACCUUCAGCACCGGACACCUGGAACUGGGCAGACUGAAGGUGGCCAGGAGGUCCCGCGAUCAGGCGUGCAAACUCAAGGGCACGCCGAGCAAAGACCUGGUCACCUUGAGGCGUAGAGAUGGAGCUUCAGUCAGACCCAGCAGCAUGCUGGCUGCCGUGGAUGUUGAGUUGAAGAACAAAAAAAAUUGGACCGAGCGAUUGGGAACAGGGACUGAAUCCAGAGAUCAGGUUCCUGGGCGAAAGAGCCCUAACCAGGCAAAGGACGUUCAGGAUGGUGGAACUUGCCCCGAAGCAAGUGAACAAGGAGAUCCGACCAAAACAAUUCGUGCGAAGGAGUUCUCGCCAUCUUCGGAGCCCCCCGAUGCAGAGGAGCCUUUCCCUAGGAAAUCAGGUGGUAGAUCUGCUUUGAGGAAAAGCGAAGUAACCACGAAAAGAAAUUUAAAUGAUUCAUUGAAAAGCAUUUUGAAGGAUAAGGAGUUAGUGGCAGUAUCUUCAGAGCCUGAUUUUUCCAAGCAACCCAUUUCACGAGGAGAGCCUGGUUUAUUAUCAGUGGCCCCUGCAGGAGAUUCAUCCUUGGCUUCUGAAUCUUCUCGUGUCGAAGCUAUUAAGCAAACCCCGCCGUUAUCGUUAGCAACGGACAAACGACACCCAAGUCUACUCAGAAGAAGCUUCAGCUUCAGUUUCAGGCAUUGGAAUGGAGAGUUGGUGAGAUUUAAAGCGUUAUCAAAAGAGAAACAUCAUGGCAGCUCCAGCUGCCUCUCUGGCGCGGAAGCUGCGGGUGAAUUCAAAAUCCAAAAGCCGUAUUGUGGCGAGACUUCUACGAAUGAGAAACGGAACACCUUGGACGUCGGAGAAGUUCUCAAUAAAACGGACCCACUCUCUGAACAAGAGCGGUGGGAGAGGGGUAAAAGGAAGAACAGGACUUUAGAUAAUAGUGAUAUUCAUAAGCUCUCUGAAAACCGGGAAAUGGGAAAGGACGGUUUUAUAACAGGUGGCGUGAGAUCCAGUUCCCAAGAACACAAACUCUUCAGGUUUUUCAGCGGCAUUUUCUCAAAGCGCGACGGCACUUCAACACCUGUUACAAGUCCAUAUGGAAAAUCACACAGAGAUUUUGUUUCCAAAUCCAGGGGGUAUCCCAGUAGCCACAAGAAAAGCGGCUCAACUCUUGAGCAGUCCAGCAGCGAGAGCAUUGAUGAAAAUACUUCUCAAAACGAUGCAUUUGUGAACAGCCAAGAGUGGACACUUAGCCGAUCUGUGCCAGAACUCAAAGUGGGGAUUGUGGGUAACUUAGCCAGUGGCAAGUCAGCCUUGGUCCAUCGUUAUUUAACAGGAACCUAUGUGCAGGAGGAGUCACCUGAAGGUGGCCGCUUCAAGAAAGAGAUUGUGGUGGACGGUCAGAGUUAUCUUCUGCUGAUCAGGGAUGAAGGGGGCCCUCCAGAGGCACAGUUCGCAAUGUGGGUGGAUGCUGUUAUAUUUGUCUUCAGCCUGGAGGACGAGAACAGCUUCAACGCAGUCUACUACUACUACAGCAGGAUGGCUAAUUAUCGGAGCACCACAGAGAUCCCCAUGGUUCUGGUUGGAACGCAAGAUGCCAUCAGUACAGCCAAUCCACGGGUGAUUGAUGAUUCCAGAGCUCGUAAACUCUCCAAUGACCUGAAGCGAUGUACAUAUUACGAGACGUGUGCCACCUACGGCCUGAAUGUGGAGCGCGUCUUUCAGGACGUUGCCCAAAAGAUAGUAGCUACACGGAAGAAGCAGCAACUCUCCAUUGGACCAUGCAAGUCUCUGCCCAAUUCUCCGAGCCAUUCCUCUGUGUGUUCUGCACAAGUCUCCGCUGUUCACCUCAGUCAGACAAGCAAUGGAGGAGGGAGUUUAAGCGAUUACUCCUCUUCUGUCCCUUCCACACCGAGCACGAGUCAAAAGGAACUUCGAAUCGACAUCCCUCAAACAGCUAACACACCAACUCCUGUUCGAAAACAGUCCAAGCGGCGUUCUAAUAUAUUUGCUUCUCGAAAAGGAAGCGAUCUAGACAAAGAGAAGAAAAAUCUGGACACCAGAGCAGACAGCAUUGGGAGUGGCCGAGCAAUCCCAAUUAAACAGGGAAUGCUGCUUAAGAGGAGUGGGAAGUCACUAAACAAAGAAUGGAAGAAGAAAUAUGUAACGCUGUGUGAUAACGGUGUCUUGACAUAUCAUCCUAGUUUGCAUGAUUACAUGCAAAACGUCCAUGGAAAGGAAAUUGAUCUCCUUCGGACUACCGUCAAAGUCCCAGGGAAGCGACCACCUCGUGCCACCUCAGCCUGUGCCCCCAUUUCCAGUCCAAAAGCAAAUGGUUUGCCCAAAGACCUGAGCAGUUUGCAUAUUUCACAGAAUGCAGGUAAUGUAACCCCCACAGGAUCUGCAUCACAGAUGGCAAGUGGAAUCAGUCUGGUGUCCUUCAACAGCCGCCCUGAAGGAAUGCACCAGCGCUCUUACUCUGUGUCCAGUGCAGAUCAGUGGAGUGAAGCCACUGUCAUCGCCAACUCUGGCAUCAGCAGCGAUACUGGCCUGGGAGACUCUGUGUGUUCAAGCCCCAGUAUAUCAAGCACCACCAGUCCCAAGCUGGAGCCUCCACCUUCACCCCAUGCCAACAGGAAAAAACAUCGCAGGAAGAAGAGCACCAGUAACUUCAAAGCAGAUGGCAUCACGGGCACAGCAGAAGAGCAAGAAGAGAAUUUUGAGUUUAUAAUUGUGUCUCUCACGGGUCAGACAUGGCACUUUGAAGCUGCUUCUUACGAGGAGAGGGACGCAUGGGUCCAAGCGAUUGAAAGUCAGAUUUUGGCCAGUUUACAGUCAUGCGAGAGCAGCAAGAACAAGUCACGGUUAACAAGCCAGAAUGAAGCCAUUGCCCUUCAGUCGAUCAGAAAUAUUCGGGGCAACUCUCAGUGUGUGGACUGCGAAGCACUAAAUCCAGACUGGGCCAGUUUGAACCUUGGAGCCCUCAUCUGCAUCGAAUGUUCAGGUAUUCAUCGCAAUCUUGGCACCCACCUAUCACGUGUCCGCUCUCUUGAUCUUGAUGAUUGGCCGGUGGAACUCAUCCGAGUGAUGUCAUCCAUUGGGAAUGAAAUGGCAAAUGGCAUCUGGGAAGGAAGUGCUCAGGGACGUACCAAACCCUCACUGGAUUCCACUAGGGAGGAGAAGGAGCGCUGGAUCCGUGCCAAGUACGAACAGAAGCUCUUUCUGGCCCCACUCCCAUGCUCCAAUGUUCCCCUGGGUCAGCAGCUGCUACAUGCCACGGCCGAGGAAAACCUGCGGACAGUCAUCCUGCUCCUGGCCCAUGGUUCCAAGGACGAAGUAAAUGAGACUUUUGGAGAUGGCGAUGGACGCACGGCCUUACACCUGGCCUGUAGGAAGGGGAAUGUAGUCCUGACACAGCUACUGAUCUGGUACGGAGUGGACGUCAUGGCACGCGACGUUCACGGAAACACUCCACUGGCCUACGCCAAGCAAGCAAUGAGUCAGGAGUGCAUUGACACUCUCCUUCAAUACGGCUGCCCCGAUGAACACUUUAUUCUGCUGGCAACUCCCAAUCUAUCCAGUAAGACCAACCGAAACAACAACAACAACAACAGCAAAGGCAGGCAGAUGGAGUCGAAACUGCCCACGGUCAUUUGAGCAAGAGCUCAUCAAGUGUUUAGAGAGCAGCACUGAACAUCUCCCUUUACAGCCUCAUAUCUGUGAAACCUCAUUCCACUCGUGAUUAUGUUCUCGAAAGGAUGCAAAACCAUGAAGGCCUGACAAAA